AUGUUCUUCAAUUCUCAUAGGACUACAUCUCUAGUUGUUUCGCUCUUUGGUGCAGUGUUCAACUUUGUUGUUGCAGCGCGGCUACUUGGAGUUUGGCGGUCAUUCAAAUGGGAACCAGAGAGUGAAUGGGAGAGCUCGGAGUAUUCUAUCAGUAAGGAUGGAGUACGCCUCGUAUGGGCGUUACUGUGCGCAUACUUUGCUGUGGCAUCAACCAUCUGUUUCAUUGGUCUGGCAGGUAUUGUCCGAGGAAAAGCAUCAUUCGUGCGCAUAUAUCGCGACUACAUUGUCGGAGAUUUCGUGUUUGGCACACUAUUUGCAGCCAUAGGCUCUUAUGCUGCCUUUCGACCAACAGUCCGCUCUAAUGUUUGCGAGUUGUUAUCACGCCAGCCAGACAUACUUCGGGACUUCAUCGACUUGGGGCUGACUUUGGAGAACUGCGAACCAUGGUUUGAACGGGGAGUGUUCGCGUUCAUGGUUGUUUUGAUUAUCAUCACCGUCAUUCGCCUCCAUUUCGUGUUAGCAUUAUCGAGUUAUUAUAGCAUUCUCAUCCGCCAUCAAGAUUUCCGUCUGCCGUCGCAUACACCUCACUAUUCGUGUGCUAGCGUUGCCGAAGGGGAUUUAGAGCGGAUAUAUAUCCUCCCAGUCCGUUCAGUGGCAGGCAAAGCGUCUUGCACAUCGGACCUCGAUCUACCAUUUGUAGACGCUCCGGUUUACGCCCCAGUCCCGCUGACGCAUGUUUCUUCGCAAGUCGCGGAGGAGCUGCUUGCGAAUGCAACUGAAGCAUGGGUUUCUCGAUCACCUCCAGCCCGACCUGUGCGAUGGCGCAGCCCCUCGCCGGCCCGCUGUCAAUCUGCGGACCCCCAUUCGGGAUCAGGUCAGACUGCUGAUCUGAUUUCGUUGGAGAAUGAAAAGGCAUGA